AUGCCGAUAGGGCAGCAGGCUGCCAAAAGCAAGCAAUGCGAUAUUGAGGUUCACUUGUCAAAACUUUGCGUAAUUGUUUGUCAGAAGUGCGGUGAUAGAGGAUUUGAUGUGGCUUUGAUUUAUUGUGAUGAGUGUCAGGCUUAUGCUGUGCAUCGUUAUUGCUUAGAUGUAUUGCCAGCAACUUUUGAUGAAUAUGUGGUAUGGUUAUGUUGUCACUGUGAAUCAAAGGCUGCAAAAUUAACCUCUCUUGACAAACCUAGCUCUCCUAUAGGCACAGAAAAUGACCCUGAAAGUUUUAAAAUUGUCCAACUGAAGAAGAGAAAUCCUUUGAACAGACUGGAAGGGAAAUCUAAGGGAAAGGUUGUUGAUUGCUCAUUGACAACCUCAGACUUGCUAAGACCUCAAAUCAGCUCUUGCUUUCAACUUGUUGAGGUGCACUGCUGUGAGGAUGAUGGAAAAGAUCAGAAGCUUGGAAGUCAAAAAGGAUUGCAUGAUGACAGUGUUUUUGAAGUUGCUGAAUAUCUUGAAAGUAGAAAAUCUGUAUCUGCUCCUCCUGAUCAUCAACUUGUUGAUGUUGAUUGCUGUAAGAAUGAUGAGAAAGAUCAGAAGCUUGGAGGGAAAAAAAUACAUUGCUGUGAGGAUGGGGAGAAAAGUCAGAAGGUUGGGAGACAGAAUGACUUGAAUGGAGGCAGCUUUGUUGAAGAAGAUGAAUUGGAUAAAACUAAAAAAUGCCAACGUGGUGCUCCAUAUUUUGCUGAACAGAGUUCUAUUCGUGUGCUACCGAUAAGAGAUCCUAUUUGGAGGGGAAGCAUGAGCAUUUUCCAAAAAAAUUAUGGUGCUCCUGGCGGAAUUAUUGCUCAUUUGUCUAGCAUUGCAUGCUCCAAAGCAAGUGAGGAGGCAAAAGGAUUACCUAGAUUGCUUUCAUCAGAAUUGCUUCCUAGAUCCAUGGCGUGGCCAAAAAGUUUUCAGAAGUUGGGGCCAGCAUCUGAUCAUAUAGGUCUCUAUUUUUUCCCAGACAAUGCAAGGAAUGAAAUUGUUUAUGAUAGCCUUGUAAAUGACAUGAUUAGCCAAGACCUUGCCAUGAGAGCUGUGGUUGAAAAUGCAGAGCUCUUAAUUUACACAUCUAGGAUACUGCCCACGGAUUGUUGGAGUGAGGCUCUCAAUUCUUUAUCUUCAAAAUUCUAUCUGUGGGGAGUGUUCAGGCCAAAGAAACCUUUGGCAUUGGCAAUUGACACUGUUCCUGGAGAGGAACAAGACCUCACAAAGGCCAUAAACUGGGAAAGGCGGAGUCCUGUUAGUCCUUUAAGCGAUGGAAGUUAUGGUUCUGUCGAAUCCAGGCACUUGUCUAAAAGAAGAGUCGGAGGAAUUAAUCAGAGGGCUAGCAGUGUUGGUGACGACUGA